GAGAAUCUGAUCUCAAUGGAGCAAUAACAGAAGCAGGGAAAACCUAUGAGGAAAUCGCCAGUCUUGUGGCAGAUCAGCCGAAGAAAGAUCUUCAUUUUUUGAUGGAAACAAAUCAUGAAUAUAAAGGAUUUCUUGGUUGCUUUCCUGACAUCAUAGGAGCUCAUAAGGGAGCAAUAGAAAGAGUGAAAGAAUGUGAUAAAUUAGUUGCAACUAGUAAAAUAACACCACAAGACAAACAGAACAUGGUGAAACGUGUGAGCACCAUGGCUUAUGCACUACAAGCUGAGAUGAAUCACUUCCACAGUAACCGGAUUUAUGACUACAACAGUGUCAUUCGUCUGUAUCUGGAGCAGCAGGCACAGUUCUAUGAAACGAUUGCACAGAAGCUGAGGCAGGCACUCAGCCGCUUUCCUAUGAUGUAGAGAAUAAGGAAUAGUCAACAAUAAAGAACAACUCCGAAGUGCUUUUCUGAUGCUGCGGCAACGCUAAUAAAAACUUAUUAGCUUUUGCCAGCCAAAACCCACCAAAAAUCCCCAACAACAACAAUCAGUUGUAGAAAAAAAAGAAUUCUUUAAAAUUUUACUUUAUCAGCUGAAAUCAUAAGAUAAGGUUCU